AUGAGUGUUAUUCCUAAAGAAGUCUUUGAAAAGGCAAGUACAUGGCUACUGGGGGUUGCUUAUGCUAUCGAAUACCAAACCAAGAUUGGCGAGACAUCACGGCAGCUGGCUAUGGUUCGAGGACAGCUUCAGGGUCGGGAGAGAGAGAAAAAACUAAGUGAGCUUACUGCUAAAGAACUUGAACCAUUGGAUAGCACUGUCUUGGCUUAUCGAUCUGUUGGGAGAAUGUUCAUUAAAGAAGAUAUUUCGAUGCUUAAGGAUGAGCUACAUAAGAAAUCAGCAAGUGCUUCAAAAGAAAUUGUUGCCAUGGAGCGCGCGGCAACUAAACUAGAGGGCGAUCUCAAGGAUACCGAACGUACAUUGCAGGAUCUUAUCAAAAAGGUCAUGAGUCAAGGCAAGGAGUAG